GGCGCUGGUGUGCGCAGGUUGGUUCGUAAACAAUAAUAAAGUAGCCAUUUUAGCCAAGCCGACCACCAUUUUCCUGCUACAGUCUAGAUUUCGCACGACCAGGAAGACCCAGGAAGGAUGGAGAACCGUGCCAAUAUCCUGCGUGCCAUGAAUAUUUGCCGGUUCUGCUUGAGCGAAGAAGGCCCUUUGACAAACAUUUACGAACGUCAGCCCAAGGACAACAAGCAAACUGUUCCUUUGCCGCUGCAACUAAUGGCGUGCGUUGCGAUCGAGGUUUUCGAAAACGACGGAAUGCCCCAGAUGAUCUGCAAAACCUGCCGAGCCCAAGCCCAGCAGGCGUACACCUUCAAGACCAACUGCAAGAAAGCCGACGACGCCCUCAAGGUCUUCCUCGCCACCGGCUCGCUAUCCCGCCCUUGGACCCAAGAAGAAAUCGGCGAACAAGCCAAGACCUUCCAAGCCGUCAAACGCGCCGUCGACAAAACCGACGAACUCCACCACUCCAAGAAAGUCAAACAAGAGAACCCCGUCGUGACCCUGAACUACUCCACGAGCCUACCCGAAGAAGAAAACAACCAGACCCUCGAAAGCGACGCCUACGAGCCCCUCGACGAGGACACGAGCGGCGAACGGGCCGACGACGAAGACUUCAUGAAUCUCGAGGAGGAGUCCGUGGUGAACCCCACCCUCAAGGUGAACCAGGUGAAAACCGAUUGCUUUCCGUGUCCGCACUGCGAGAGAUCGUUUCCGCUGAAGCAGCUCCUCGAUCUCCACAAAGCUAACCAUAAUAGAGAACGCAACUACAACUGCGACGAGUGCGAUAAGGCUUUCUUUACAAAGUACGACUUGAGCAAGCAUAUGUUGACGCAUACGGGAUGCAAACCCUACACUUGCGUGGUCUGCCAGAAGUCGUUCUCGCGGGAGUCUUUGCUACACAGGCACGAGAAAAUUCAUAUCGACGUACCGAAAUAUCUCUGUUCGCAGUGUGAUAGGACUUUUUUAACGGGGGAGGAUUUGGACGCGCACACGGCUAAGCAUAAGAAGAAGAGGCCGUUCAUGUGCAAGAUUUGCCAGAAGAGUUUCGUCUUCAAACAGGGGCUCGAGCGCCACGAGCAAACCCACAGCAACGUCAAACCCCACAAAUGCAACUACUGUGAAGCCAGCUUCACAUCCGCCAUCAAACUCACGCGUCACGUGACCUCUCACGCCGGGCUUCGCCCCUACCCCUGUAAGAUGUGCGGCCGCACCUUCCUCUUAAGCCACCACCUCACCCGCCACAUGCGCAGCCACUACGCCGCCCAGCAGCCCGAAUCCCCAUAUCUGCCCCCCAUCGGCCAGCACAAGUGCGACAUCUGCAGCAUGUCCUUCCGGAGGAAGGACUCCCUCAUCAACCACAGCGCCAUCCACUCCAUGGUGAACCUCAAGUGCGUCAUCUGCAACACCGAGUUCGACAACGUCGUCAAGGUGAAAGAGCACAUCACCACGCACCUGUCGGACUUACCAUUCCCUUGCGAGAAAUGCGACUAUUCGUUCGAAACGCAGGAACAGCUCGAGGACCACGAGCUCAAGCACGCCGAGAUGGAGUACGAGGAGCAGAUCGAGCAGGAGGUGAUGGCGGAGGCGCGGCAGGCGGCGGUGUCGAGGGACGACAACGACGAAGACAAUUCGGACUACUCCGGAGACGACAUAGCGGAGUUCACGAUCACGAACGACAUGAACAACCCGGAGGUGGUGCGGCGGUCGAAGCGGGCGACGAAGAUCAAGAACUACGCGGAGUUCUUGAAGGACGAGCUAGGCUCGGACAUGGAGGAGAGCAUGGAGGCGGAGGAGAGUCCGGAAGUGUCGGAAGAAGCUCAGGAGGAGGAGCUGCACGAAGAGGACGCGAUUAAGCCGAUCGUGCGCUCGGAAGGCACGAAAGUGUACUCGAGGAAGUCGGUCCCGGACAGGCCGAAGCUCCCCCAGAUCAAUAUCGAGCAAAGCAAUGUCGCCCCUUUGUCGAAGAUAACACAACCGAUUCACUCGAUCGAGCACCUGACGAAGGAUAUAAGGACGAUUCCGGACAAGGAGGUGUUCAAUAUGAAGAUCGGGGACAAGACGGUGACUGUGCAGAAGCUGCUGUUGACGAAGGAGCAGAUGAAGGCGAUGGCGAAGGAAGGGAAGAUCGAGAAGAAGGGGAAUACGCUGCUUCUGAAGAAGGGGGUGACGCAGAGUGUUAAUUUGGACGCGAUUUUUGGGGGGGCGAAAGUGGAGGGGUUGAAGCAGAUGAAGAAGACGUACCAGAGGAAGAGUUUCACGGUGGAUGAGAGCGGGGACCUUGUGGCGAAUGCGAGCGGGUUGGGGGAGGGCUUGGAGGAGGGUAUGUAGGAAGGAGAGUUCCUGUUGUCGUUUAAGGCUUAAUCACCAAUGUAUCGCAGAAAUAUAUCAAAGUAUAGUA